AUGAGGGAUGGCGCUGCUUCAGCUGCAGAGGACGGCGGAAACGACAAGAAGAAACGCGAGAAGAAGGGCUUCAAGGUCGACCGCUACGAGAAUUACCAACGCAAGCGUCUCAAUAAGAUCACAGGAAAGGAUGCACGGAAAGACAACAGCAGCGGCAGCAACAACGGUGGCAAGCGUGUGAGAGCGAUCACCUUCGACGAAGCAGCUCGUCGCGAUUAUCUCCUCACGAUGCAUAAACGCAAGAACGAACGACGGGUGAAGGCCUUUGUUGACGCAAAGCACAAGCUCAGGCGUGACAACGCAAAGACACGCCGUGCCCAACGUGAGGAGGCUCGACAGGCGUACAACCGCUUCGCUGCCGUCCCAAUCUUGCCCAACUUCACCUACCAGUUGCCACGCGACGACGGCGAGGAGGAGGAGGAAGAGGAGGAAGGGGAGGUUGAAGACCAAGCCGAGAGGGGGGAGGGCGAAAUGAUGCCGGACAGCGCCGACAAAAGGAAACGUCGGCUGCCUGCUGCGGAAAAGACGGUGCAUGUCAUGCCGAGUGCCAUGCGGGGGGAAAGCGAUGCGACGCCAGUGCCCCAAAGCAGCGGCCGCCUCGACGACGAUUACGUCACGGUGGAGGUGAAGCCACUCUUUGGCAAGCCGGCGGUGGCUGAUGCCUCUGCUGCUGCGCCUCUCCUCCCGGCCAAUGACUUCUCUGAUCUCCCCGCUGUGGUAGAACAGGAGUUGCGACGCCUCAAAAAGGAGACAAAGGGUCCCACCAGGACGAAGCCGCGAAUUCAGAUGCUGAAGGAGCUUGAGAAGAUCCGAAAAAUCAAGAAGCACUCCCGAAAGGGGCACGGCAAAAAGACAGCCAAGGGAAAGAAGAGACACCGCUGA